AUGACACAGCCAAUACUAAAAGCACGGGGUGAAAAACUAGAUUCCAACCUACAGAACUUGGAGCAGCAGCUAGCUAAGGUAGUGAACAACAUUGCAAAAAAAGAGGCUAAGCUGGCUGAGAUAAAUAUGAAAGCUGAACUCAAGAAAAAAGGGGGAGGAAAACAUAUGUGGCUGCGCAUUUAUGAGACAAUGGCAGUGACACAAAUUUUGGUAUUUGAGUCUGCGACAACAAGCAAGUACGAGGAACUCACCAUUAUAUCAGCCAUUAAGGAGAUUGCGGCCUCUAAAGCCAUGCAAAUCAAUGACCAAGUGGCAAGCAAGGAUCUAGCACCACAUGGAGAAGGGCAAGACCAAGAGGAGAGCGGGAUGGCGAUAGAGCAGGGAAAUAGCUGUGAGAAUGGGGACCAGCAUGACACUGAGGAGUAUGGGGCGUGCAAAGGACAGGAAAAAGCCAAUAGAAGGGGGGCUGCUGCAGAGAAUAACGAGUCCAUGCAGAAGGAUCAGCUGCAAGUCCCCGAAAAGAGAAAUGCACCGCUAGCUGAGAACUUCACUGGGAAAACACUAUCGCCUAAGGAAAUGAGCCAUAUCCAGCUGCAAACAACGACAGAAGAUAUCAGUGGGCACCAGGCCCAGCUGCAAGCAGGAGGACGCACUAUGCUUGAGGACCAAUUGGCGAAGAUUAUGGCCAAGCUUGAGGAGUUGAAAAGCAAUAUGGAAUGA